CACGGGUCCAUCGCGCCUCUCUCACAGCCCCACCAUCGUGACAUCGCAAUCAUCAUCACAAUUAUUAUUAUCAGCGUUUAUGUAAAACAUUUUUUUUUUUUUACAAUCGUAGGGCAUUUUUACAUCGUGGCAGACGUGGGCAAGGUGUUGGGGGGGGGGGGGGCGGUUGGUGUGUUUGUCUCCGUUGGGUGGAUUGCAAGCACGUUCGUGAGAAGAUAAAUCAGUUCGCGUAAGAACGUCAAGGUUGAUUUUACGUCGAGGCUCAUCGAGGAGGCAACUGGUAACGUCGCCGUUGAACGUUCGCACAACGUCCGUGCCGGCACGCCUGUGGGGACAGAGAGAGAGAGAGAGGGGGAUUGAGAGGAAUAACACUCUUCCUUGCCGUUGAAGUCACUCGCGUGGAAGAGCUGUCCUCAAGGUAACAAAAAAAAAGCCACGUGCAAAAAGUUCGCUGUCGUUCUAAAGGUCUGGCUGUCGGCGGAAAGUGUUCCGUUAUCUCGCGGUUUAAUGUCCGUGUUGAAGAUAUUAUCGCCUGCGCGUAUAUUUACCCCCUUGAUUGAUCGUACGUAGAUUAAUACGGCACGCUAUUCCGAGGCGCUUUACGGCAAAUUAUAAAAUUGGACAUUUUGCAAUCUGCGAAAGGGGACGCUUCGUAGUUCGUCGGAUUCCUCCCGUUUACAUCAAGAUUCUCGACACCAACAAGAGGAUGAUUCUGCUGAAAGUGGUCGAGACAAAGAGUGAGAGUUAGUGAAAGUGGCGGUGCAGUUGUGGCGACAGGACAGGCGGGAGAGGUUCAAGGCGAGAUUUGGGACUCGGACUGUUUCACUCGUGCGCCUGCGAUUACCAUAAUAGUUGUACGAAUUAUUUGUACGGCUACGUUUUGUCGCGAGAAAAACGAGAUUCUCAAUUAGACGGUCGCACCGUUAACUCUCAUCUGAUUCGUGCAAUUGAUAUUGAGGGCAGAGAUUGGUAUUUAAGAUUGCUGUUCAAGAUAGUGGGGAUGCGCUGGGUCGCGCUCCAUAAAGCAACGAUGACUCACGUGACGGAGAUCAUUGUUGAGAGAUACGGAACACUCACCACGCUUCUGGUAUCGUAAUUAGGGACACGUCUCGUACAGCGCAUCUCAAUGUAGCUAUUUAUUCACGGUGAUGCGGUCGAAAUAAUGGAAUAGUCGUGCGUGCUUGACUAUCACGCGAUUAUUCUCAAAAUAGACAAACGCGAACUUACCAGGACAUAAAUUGGUCCACAGCACGCCACACACGCGCGCGCGCAUAAUUUUCAAGAGACAGAAAUUAGCAUUAAGGUUAUUAAUAACUACAACUCAACAGAAGACAAGGGCUUGCUGACUCACAGUCACUGCCCCCCCCCUCUCCCACCCAUCCCCCAACUCCCCCCCCAUUUCACUCUCCUGGCCAUCCAGCAGCCCUCACACCCCCCGAACAAACACCAACGACCAUCUCACCGCCACCGUCGCGACCGAUCGAGCCAUCAUCGUUAUCGUCGUCAUCCCGAGCCACCUCGUGUGGGGGGUGGUGGUGGUGUGGGGGGUGGUGGUGGUGGUGGUGUGGGGGGUGGUGGUGGUGGUGGGGACUCCGCAAUGACGGUGAGCGGAGAAGCGGCCAGGGACGAGGUGGACUGCGGGGGCUCUCAGACCCCGCGUGCCGACGGCUUCCGCUGCGAGCCCGAGCUGAGCGGCCACGAAUUCUGCGAGCGCGUGGUGGUGAACGUCUCCGGCCUGCGCUUCGAGACGCAGCUGCGCACGCUCGCGUACUUCCCCGACACGCUGCUGGGCGACCCCCAGAAGCGGAUGCGCUACUUCGACCCGCUGCGCAACGAGUACUUCUUCGACCGAAACCGACCGAGCUUCGAUGCCAUCCUCUACUACUACCAGUCGCGCGGCAAACUGCGCAGGCCGACCAACGUGCCCUACGACAUCUUCGCCGAGGAGGUGCGCUUCUACGAGCUCGGCGAGGAGACGAUGGCGCGCUACCGCGAGGACGAGGGCUACGUGAAGGAGGAGGAGAAGCCGCUGCCCGAGAACGCGCUCCAGCGCCAGGUGUGGCUCCUCUUCGAGUACCCGGAAAGCUCGAACCCCGCGCGCGUCAUCGCCAUCGUGUCCGUGCUCGUCAUCGUCAUCUCCAUCGUCAUCUUCGUGGCGGAGACACUGCCCGAGUUCCGCGACGACAAGGACCUCCACUCGGGCACGCGCCACGAAGUCGGUGCCGGCGACGCUGCUGGCAACGGCAGCAGCGGCGGCAGCAGCGGAGGCAGCGGAGGCAGCGGCCACGCGCACGGAGGUCACGUGCACCCGGGCGGUGGCGGUGGCGCGCUCGGCCACGGCUACGGCCACGUGCCCGGCGUGCACGCGGCCGUCCCGCACGGCCGCGGGAGGCCCACCCCCGAGUUCGGCAAAGACCCGUUCUUCAUCGUGGAGACCGUGUGCAUCGUGUGGUUUAGCUUCGAGCUGCUCGUGCGCUUCUGCGCGUGCCCCAGCAAGCCGGGCUUCUUCAAGAACAUCAUGAACACUAUCGACAUCGUGGCCAUCAUGCCCUACUUCAUCACGCUGGGCACGGAGCUCGCGGCGCAAGACACGGGCGCCAACAACGGGCAGCAGACGAUGUCGCUCGCCAUCCUCAGGGUCAUCCGGCUGGUGCGCGUCUUCAGGAUCUUCAAGCUGUCGCGCCACUCCAAGGGGCUGCAGAUCCUGGGCCAGACGCUGCGCGCGUCGAUGCGCGAGCUGGGCCUCCUCAUCUUCUUCCUUUUCAUCGGCGUCAUCCUCUUCUCGAGCGCGAUUUAUUUUGCCGAGGUUGACGAGCCCAACACGCACUUCCACAGCAUCCCCGAGGCCUUCUGGUGGUCGCUCGUCACCAUGACCACGGUGGGCUACGGAGACAUGUUCCCCGUGACGCUGGGCGGCAAGAUCGUGGGCUCGCUGUGCGCCAUCGCGGGCGUGCUCACGAUCGCUCUGCCCGUGCCCGUCAUCGUGUCCAACUUCAACUACUUCUACCACCGCGGCUCGGAGGCCGAAGAGCAGACGCUGUGCGCGCAGGAGGACAGCGGCGGCAGCUGCGAGGCCGGCAACCAGAUCAAGAGGAGUAACAGCAUCUCGUCCGUCAGCAAGUCCGAGUACAUGGACGACCUGGCCUUCCUGGGACCCAACUACAUCGAGUGACGCUCCUAGUGAGUGGCUCUCUGCCUCUCCGACAUUUGUGUUUGGUUGUUGCUGUUGUUGUUGUUUCACGGCAAACUUGCACUGCGCUGCGGGCGUGUGUCCGCGGUGCGUCUGUCCACACACGUUUGGGAUGGAACCGGAGGGUCGAAGCUCAUUGGCGCACUGCGCGACGAACCCUGCCACCAACGUUCGAUAUUCGGCGAGUGAUAUCUGAACCGGUCUUGGGCUUCCACUAGGUCGACUCAGCCCUAAGUGAGUACCUGGUGUGGUGUGCAAGCAUCAUGGCCGAGGGAUACAAAGGUGGCCAGGCGUGGCGCUGGUAACACCACCCACCUCGCGUGCCCUUCCAGCCUUCGUAGGUGCUCUUUAAGAGCACUUGCCCCAACAGCCUAGGUCGGCUGCAUGGAGAAGCUUUGUCUUGUUUUGUCCACACGCAUGGGGCUAUGGCGACGCAGUGGUCAGUGGUGUGAUGCUGGUGACGCUUUUUCGACUGCUGACCGAGCCUGGCGUGGUAGUUUCGUUGGGGCAACACGUUUAAAAAAAUAAUUGAGGAGCUGGAGAUCCGGCAGUGCCAUGUCCUUUGGCCACAUCACUCCUCUCGAGUUCUGUGCCGAUCCUUCUUAAUGCGUUCUUACCAACAACAAAAACACUCUUUAAUUUUACCAGGUGCAAGGCCCACUGAGCUACUUAGCUCUUUUUCAGAAGCCACCUGGUUAUCACAAAUGAUAGCUCAACGAAGUGGCUUAUCAUGUGGAAAUGUAUAGCAGCCAAACACUCUAAACGCGCGUGUGUAAAUGUGGAGGGGAAAACCGGAGGACCCCGAGAAAAAUUCACGCGACCACGGGGAGAAACACGCACGCUCCUAAUAGAGGGCAGCAGGCGUCAGGGUCGGGAUCGAACGCACGACCUCCUGCGUACCAGGCGAGGUAGUCGACAUCUCGCCACCGUGGCGCCCAACCAAGGCUCGCCACGAGAGUGUGAUUGUUUAAUUUAUUUAUACGCACUAAGCACAAAAUGCUAAGAUCGUCGUCGUCGUCGUCUUGAUCUGACGGAAUCAACGCCCCACGUUUGUUAUCGAUAUCGGUACAGAUGGGGGGGGGGGCGCCCCCCGGGGCAAGUGGUUGACAGAGUCGGCAACCACGCAGCGAAGUUGUCGUCUCCGCGACGCUUCACGGCGGGUGCCCCACGAAUCACCGACGUUGCAGUCGGGGACAUUUCAGACUUUAGUCCACCUCGGACGGUGAUCGGACGGCUCCCGUGGUGACGUGUCAGAGUGGGCAGCUUCACAGGGUAAGGGCGGUGUUCUCGCCUAAACCACGUGUGAGUAAGAGGAGAAAGAUAUAAAAAAAAAUCUGGGUCAACUCUCAAUGAGUUCAUAAUAGAGGUGUUUGUUUUUGGGGUUAGAUCGCGUGAAUCUAAAUGUGUCGUUAAACCCGCCACCACCCGACUCGGCCAAUUGGUAAGGUUUGUCACGGUAAACAAAACGUGCCAAGUCGUUAAUAGUUGGGCACACCGGUGUGUUGGAGAGUAAACCCACUACAUUUACUAUUCGAGUACGAGGUUUCGCCGAUAAUUACAAUCAACUUCAACAGGCGACAGCCAGAUCAAUAAGUUAAAACCACUUAUUCACGUAAGAACUUAGCGUUGCGGGAUGCUAUUCGCAUUAAUGACGCUAUAUAAUAUGAAAGUAUUAUUGUUAAUUUAAUUAUUAUUAACUUAAUUUGUGGCGGUGACAUGGCCAAGCAGCAGUAGUGGGGUUUACCGCUUGUUGCAGAUGAUUUCGGUUAAUACUGCGGGUGUGUUAAACACAAAUAGGAGCCGUCCACACCACAGAGGACGUUUAAGUUCCCGUCACUUCAUUUGGAAGAGUGGGCCGUGUGUGCCGACGUCAUGAGCCCAAAUCUGAAGCAUUACUAAAAAUGUAAUCAAUUGUAACAACCAAUUGGCAAAUAUUCACCCACUCGCAGGCCAGUGCUGUGUUGUCGCCUUGUGCCGCACAGAGACAGCUGCCAUUAGUGGGUCCCCUUAGGUUAAGAUCACAAAAAAGUGCGCUCCGAGACAUUACAUUACAUUCUGAGCGCAAUGUAAAUGUAAGUAUUGUUAAAAUAUUUCAUUUGACUUUCGCAUUGCUUGAAAGGAAAUCUCGAUUGCAAGUCGUCCACUCAAGAGAUGUUUCUUUUGGAUCUGUCGGGGAUAGCGAACUUGAAGGAUCAAUCGUCUAUCAAGGUGUCUGAAAUUUCGAGGAAGCGCCUUCGUCCACAGUUGCUUCUGUGCAUCGACUGUGAUAGAGCAGAAGUUGUGGGUACAAACCCAAAAUACUUCGAAGAUCUCAAAGAGUGGGGACAGCCCGUGGUCCUUCACGAUGGCAAACCGCUCAUCUGCAGCAUCGAGUGUGCAGGGGUGACUUGCCAUGCCAUGAAUCGAUUGUUACGGGGACAAUUGUGGGUACAAGCCCAGCGUGUCCCAGAGUUCUCGAAGAGCGGGACAGAGGUUGUUCAAGACGGAGAGCCUCUUGUCUGCAGCACGGAGUCUGCAGGCGUGAUGUGAAUGACGGACAAUUGUAAUCUUUACCUGCGCAAGCCUCAACGAGUCCUAAACGGCCGUGUUUCAAGGAGUGUUCUGCUUGUUGUUGUUUGGCCAGUUCGUUUUUGAAAUAUUUUUGUACAAUUAUUUGUAUGCAUGAUACGGAAAUGGCAAUGCUCAGAGACAACUAUGCAUAACGGAAGGGGGGAGCUGUUGCUCAACACUCCCAUUGUACAGCUAGCCCAUCAGGAACAUAAGCGACCCUCUCGGAAUCAAGCUGGUUAUGAUGCUGUCCCAUCUACAGCCAUCGACGCCAUCACCUCGGUGCUCAAAGGUCUCACGGAACGUAAUCACCUGUGGCCCAAUGCUGGAAUCAGAGAUUCAGGACUCUCAUCCCGGCACAGCCCAUCGGCUCAACGUCCUCCACGUCACGUGCAGUGGCGUAGCAAUCGAGUGUGCAGGCGGUGCAACUGCACCCGGGGGCCCACAGUAUGGCGGGGGCCCAUGCGUUUGGCCUACGAAGAGAGGGGCGGGGGUGUGG